AUGUCAAGCAAGAGGAGAACAGUGAGGGCCAGUGGGAAAAACGUUCUCCCGAACACGUAUAUUCCUGUUCUUUCCAAGAAGGUUUUGACUAAUUUCUUAUCGCGUCUUCCUAAACUGUCAUUGAUCGAGUUGGUAAACCUAUGGCCAAAACUAGCUAAUACACAACCUCACUUGGAUAAAGAGAAUCAUAGAGGUAACCAGAAGGAAUACAAUGCGCUAGUGAGCAAGGCGUCGCAGCAAAUGAAGGUUUCUCAGAGUAGAUGGCCCAAGAGAAGAAUUAUUGAUGAAAUUCUCUUUGAAUACUGGAAUAAAGGCUUAAACUUGCUACAGAUGUCCCAGGUUGAUUGUCAGCUUAUUGUGGAUCGUCCAAAUGCGUUCCAUUGGAUUCUGUCUACGGUUAGAGACGGAAAUGAUAAAGAGGUGUCUAUUCUGCUCAACCCUAAGAAUUUCUUGCACAGCCUAACAAAAGACUUGAGUUCUUUGUUUAUCAACAACAUUUAUGUUUGUCGUCAUCCGUUGUUCCCAUUAAUUAUCAUAAGGAUACAAGUGUUUGAUCUUCAGCCCACAAUUGCUUUACAAAGUUCCACCAAACCGCAUAUAUCGUCUCAUAAACCGUACUUUCUUGCAAUUCCGCUAAAUUCACCCCAUAUAAUUCAUACUCCUGGUGAUGAUAUGAUAACAAAUAUAGUGAUGCAAACAGUUGAAAGAAGCUUGCCUCAAAAUCCAAUGAACUUGCUACGCUUGAUCACCGAUGACAAACAAAAACCCAUAAGAUCCUUAGAGUCAAUGCAUAUCUUAAAGGGUAGCUCAAGGUUUGCCAACAGUUUGGGUGUGUGGUCAUCGUAUGCAGAUGGCGUGGCUGAUAUAUUACCUUUAGACAAAAUAGAAGGUCAUGCUACUCUCAAGGAAAUUGAGCAACAAAAACAGUUAGAAAACGAAACAUCAGAAGAAGCUGCCAUGACACACUUAAAAGAACUUGCUAACUUGAGAUUUAAAGGCUCAAAGUCUGGUAAAAUGAAAUCUUCAAAAUUGUAUGACGAUAACAAAACUACUGAGCAAAGAAGAAGUAAACGAAUCAUGCAUUUGACAAACGAAAUUGACGGCGAAUCUUCAGAUGAAGAAUCAACAGAGAAAAGUGAGUUUACAUCAAUCGCUCCUAUUCAAUACGCAGAAUUCUUAAUCAAAGAACCUUUUGCUGAUAAAGAUCAGUCUACAAACGAAUUCCAACAAUCUGAGGAUGAAAACGAAACUAAUUCAUUCAUUAAAUUAAAACUCACUGGUACUGAUGUGUUUGCUGGCCUACACGAAUUAUCUGUACUUACUACUAACGAACAUGAAAAGAUCUUGGACCCGACAACAAUUCCAGGAUGGCUUACAGGAGAGGAUGGUCGCAGCAAUGGUAUCGUUAAAAACGGGAACUUUAUUCCCACCGAUUGAAGUAAUGCAUUCAUUAAUGAUUUUACGUAAUUUUCAUUUCUUGAUAGAUAAAAUACACAAAUCUAAAAACCU